UCUGGAAGACUAUAUUUGUGGGGUUGGAUGAAAUAUUUAAAGGAAUUGUUGGAACCCAAUCACACACCCGGAACCGGAAGGAAGAAACCAGUCUCAUUGUCACUGAGGAGAAAUUGUGAAGAAAAUGGCAGAUACGGUUUCCAUCUUUGUGGAGAAGUUGAGCAACUUGGUUUUACAAGAAGCCUUUCUGUUUGGACAAGUAGAAGAGCAGGUGAAGUUGCUGCGGGACGAGCUGAAAUGGAUGCGCCUCUUCUUGAAAGAUGCGGAUUCACAAUCCUUGUGCAACGAAAAAAUCAAGCUGUGGGUGGAGCAGAUUAGGAACGUGACCCAUGAUGCUGAAGAUGUCAUCGAUGAGUUUAUCCUUGACAUGGAUCGCCGGCAGCUGAGACUCAACACCCUCAAGUUCCUCAAGUGCCUACCUACUUGCGUAGGAUUUGCCGACAAGUUACCUUUCAUCCACGAGCUCGACGGUCGUGUGAAAGAGAUCAAUAUCAGGAUUGAGAGGAUUAUGGCUAAUAGAUCCAAGUAUGGCCUUGAAGCUCUAAUGGCUUCCAACUCAUCCAGUACUACUGAUCAGGUUGUGGCGUACAAGGAGAAGUGGGCCCAAGUUGUCGAAGGGAGCGAUGUAGUGGGGAUUGAAGAUGGCACCGAGGUGGUGACGCAGAUGCUGACGAAGGGAGAGAUGCGGAGAGCGGUAGUGUCCAUCGUGGGGAUGGGCGGCCUAGGCAAGACAACUCUUGCCAAGAAAGUUUAUAAUCAUAGUGGUGUUAAGCGGCACUUUGAUUGUAUAGCUUGGGUUUGUGUCUCUCAAGAAUUCAAGCCAAGGGAGCUUCUACUCAGCAUCAUCAGUUCUGUCAUGUCCCUCAGCAAUGAAGAAAAGAAAGAAAUGAGAGAGGUCGAGCUAGGUGGGAAGCUUCGUGAAUGCCUCAACGACAAGAAGUACCUGGUAGUCAUGGAUGAUGUAUGGAGUAUUGAAGCUUGGAGUAGCUUGUGCUCCUAUCUUCCUGAGUCUAGGAAUGGCAGCAAAGUGCUGAUGACCACCCGAAAUAAAGAAAUUGCUGCACAAGCCAAUGGGCAUGAAGUUGUUGGGCACACCGAUUCGCAGGCUCUGGUCUAUGAACUCCCGAUUAUGGAUGAUGAUGAGAGUUGGGAGCUCUUUCUCAAGAAGACUUUUGGAGCGAGAGAUAAUACACAUGUUCCUUCAUCUAAAACAUUGGAGGAAUUGGGAAGGAAAAUUGUGGCAAAAUGUAAUGGUUUGCCCCUUGCGAUUGUGGUGUUAGGAGGCUUAUUGUCGACGAAAGAGAGGACAGAACCAUCAUGGGAGAGAGUGCUUGAAAGUAUAGAUUGGCAUCUGAAUCGAGGCCCGGAGUCAUGUUUUGGAAUUCUGGCCUUAAGUUACAAUGACUUGCCUUAUUACUUGAAGUCAUGUUUUCUUUACUGUGGUAUUUUCCCAGAAGACUCUGAAAUCAAGGCUAGUAAGUUGAUUCACUUAUGGAUUGCUGAAGGUUUUGUUCAAAGAAGAGGCAUAGAAAAGUUGGAAGACAUUGCUGAAGAUUAUUUGUAUGAACUGAUCCACAGAAGCAUGGUUCAGGUGGCUCGAAAGAAGGCAAAUGGAAGAGUGAUGUCUUGUCGCAUACAUGAUCUCCUUCGGGACCUUGCUAUUUCAGAGGCCAGAGAUGCAAAACUUUUUGAGGAAUUGAGACAUCUAAAUUGUUGUUAUGGCGAGAUGUCAAGUCAAUUCAAAUUAAAUAAGUGCAUGAAUGGUUAUUUGGGUGUGGAGCAACUCACCAAUCUUCAAACAUUAGCAUUACCGGUAGGAAGUUGGUUGGAGGGGGAUGGUUUAGGAAAACUUACCCAACUUAGGAAACUACGUUUAGUUGGACCGUUGGCUCCGUAUUUGAAGAAGGGGUUUUUUGAUUCUAUUGCUGAAUUGACAACUCUUCGGACCUUGUUUUUGGGGAAUUGGCAGGUUGAUAAGAAAAAGACAUUAUUAAAUCGGGUUGGAUUGAAGUGGCAGGAGAAUGUUGUUGAAGAGAAAACAUUGUUACCAGGACUCAUGUCUUUCUCACGCCACACCUAUCUCUAUAAAGUGCACCUAUAUGGAAAGGUGGACAAGUUACCAGAGCAAACUGAAUUCUACCCUCCCAACCUCCUCAAACUCACUUUGAGCAAAUGUGAGCUAGAGGAUGACCCAAUGUUGAUUCUAGAGAAGCUCCCAACCUUGAGAAUUCUUGGAUUAUUGCGUGGCUCAUAUGUUGGAAAGAAAAUGGUUUGUUCCUGUGGAGGAUUUCUUCAACUCGAAAGCCUAGAACUGAAUGGUUUAAAUGAAUUAGAAGAAUUGACAGUUGAGGAAGGAGCAAUGUGUAAUCUGAGGACCCUACAGAUUUUGUCUUGUGAUAAAAUGAAAAAAUUUCCUCAUGGAUUGUUGCAGAUGAAAAAACUUGAGAAAUUGGGGCUGAUCAGAACCAGCGGCAAAUUAAUUGAAGAGGUCCAGCAAACAGAGGGAGAGGAGUGGGAUAGAAUUCGUCUCAUCACCUUCAUAGACAAGUGAGAUUAAGUUUUUUUUUGCUAUGUAUUCCAGCUUGUUUCUUUUUCUCAUGUUCAUUUCAUUAGUUUGUUAUGGAAUAAUCUUAUGAAUAUUGAAAAGUAGCUUCUCAGGAAGUUAAUCAUUUUUAUUUGUA